CAAAAGUACUGAAAGCAGAAGUGUUAAACUAAUUUGUCUGGCACAGAUAGACAGAUUGACAGACAGACACACCAGCAGACUGGCAUCUAUAAGCGGCACCAUGAAAACCAACUGCUCCUUCACCGAGGUAGACCGCCUCAUGAAAUCACUGGAACUUGCCAUCUAUGUGCCCAUCUUCGUGUGCGGCCUUGUCCUCAACAUCCUGGCCCUGGUUGUCUUCUGCUUCCUCCUCCGCAAGUGGACAGAGUCCACCAUCUACAUGACCAACCUGGCCCUCCUGGACCUCCUUCUCCUCCUCCUGCUCCCAUUUAAGAUGCACGCCACCAUCCACCACUGGGAAGCCCACCACCGCUUCCUCUGCUCCUUCCUGGAGAGCCUGUACUUUGUGGGCAUGUACGGCAGCAUCUACACCAUUGUUUGCAUAGCCAUGGACCGCUGGGUGGCCAUACGCCACCCCUUCCGCGCCAAGCAGCUCCGCUCCCGCCGGGCCGCUCUGGGGAUCUGCAUCCUGGUCUGGGUGGUGGUGCUGGGGGGCACCUCACCCAUCUACUCGUUCCGCAUGGCGGGAAAUGGGUCCUUCCACUGCUUCCACGGCUUCUCAGAGAAGGGCUGGCGCCCAGAUGUGAUCAGCUGCCUCUUGGGCUUUGGGUUUGUGGGGCCUGCCCUGGUGCUGGUGGUGUGUUCGGCACAGAGCAUCCGGACGCUGAGGCAGUCCGGCAAAGAGAGCCAUAAGAACAGAGCCUGUGUGAGGAUCAUCUACAGCAGUCUCUGUGCCUUCCUGGUCCCCUUCACGCCUAGCCACCUGGGCAUCCUGCUGCAGUUCCUGAUCCUCAGAGAGUGCUUUGCCAUGAGGUGCCAUGUUGAACUUCCAGUGACCAGUCAGUAUGAGGGAGAUGACACCAAAUUUAACACACCUGCUCCCCAUUCACACCUGAGACCUUGUAACACUAACGAGUCACGUGACACCGGGGAGGGAAAUGGCUAAUUGGGCCCAAUUUGGACAUUUUCACUUAGGGGUGUACUCACUUUUGUUGCCAGCGGUUUAGACAUUAAUGGCUGUGUGUUGAGUUAUUUUGAGGGGACAGCAAAUUUAAACUGUUAUACAAGUUUUAUACUCACUACUUUACAUUGUAGCAAAGAGUCAUUUCUUCAUUGUUGUCACAUGAAAAGAUAUACUCAAAUAUUUACAAAAAUGUGAGGGGUGUACUCACUUUUGUGAUAUACUGUAUAUAUUUACCCCAAAAAUAUAUGGCGGAUUAGAAUUUAUGCAGAAAAUUAUAUUGAUGGAAGCAACGAUCUAUCCACAUUAUUAAAGCUGAUCCACCCCUUGAAAAAGAUUCAUGAGAAACUGAACAUGACACUGGCUGAUAGCUGUGCCUCAGUUCUUGCACAAUCUUCCACAUUUACAGUCACUUCUGUCUCACAGUUGUCAACAAUUUCACAGCUUGAGUACAGUUUAGAAGCUGGCAUAAACAAGAACUGCUAAAAGAGGAAAUGCCUUUAUCUUUCAACCUCCAGCUCUGAAAGCUGCAGUAGUUCAGCGUCCGUCAGUCUGUUAAUCAGUCAGUUAAUAGGUCAGUCAGUCAGUCCAUCCCAGCCCUCCAGAGAUGUCCAAAAUCACAUACAAAACCACCCACUACAGGUACCCUCUCUGCACUGCAUAUUUUUCUCUCUGGCCCAUUGCACAAUGUGCAGAAUAACAUGAGGUUAGCAUGAGGUUAUAAGUAACAAGAACAUUUCCCAGGACAUAGACAUAUCUGAUAUUGUCAGAAAGCUUAAAUUCUUGUUAAUCUAACCGCACUGUCCAAUUUACAGUAACUCUUACAGUGAAAUAAUAUCAUGCUAUUGUUUCAGGAGUGUGCACAGUUAUGAACUUGAAAAGUUAUUAAUAACACAAUUAGGCACAUUUGGGCAGACUUGACACAAAAUGUUGAACAGAAAUACAAUGGUUCAUUGGAUCAGUCUAAAACUUUGCUCAUACACUGCUGUCAUCUAGUGGCCAAAAUCUAAAUUGCAUCUGGCCUGGAAUAAUACAUUAUGGCCUUUCUCUUGCAUUUCAAAGAUGAUGGUACAAAAACAAUACAAAGAAACGAUUGGUUUUUCUUUUACCAGAUCUAAAGUGCAUUGUUCUCCUACAUUCAUUUCACAUUUCCACAAACUUCAAAGUGUUUCCUUUCAAAUGCUAUCAAGAAUAUGCAUAGCCUUGCUUCACCGCCUGAGCUACAGGCAGUUGAUUUGGGUAUGUCAUUUUAGGCGAAAAUGGAAAAAAAUGGUCCGAUCUUUAAGAGUUUAAGGCUGUAACACAACACAUUGGUAACUUUCUGAAGGCACUGUAUUAUUAUAUAAUAUACUGUAGAUGGUCAUGAACGUGUUAACAUGGCGCAUGCUAAGUUCUUACACAUGCUGUAUUUGUGUGAUACGUCAAACGACAAAUGUCAGGAAAUUACUUUGGUAGGGUGUUGACAUAAGAAGCACAAUCAUUUGUCCUGUAUCGCUUAGUCUCGCUUCCCUUGUGAAAUUGACUUCUGUCAUGUUUGGAUGUUGUGGGGAUUUUUUUUUUUUACUUGUGUUGAGUGUGUGCAGUUUGUGUGGCAGGAGAGAGAGAGAUGUCACUAAUAUCCCUGAAGUGUCCUAGAUACAUAAUUCAUGCACCAAAUGUCUAUUACAAGUUACAUUACAGCUUCGGUCUAUAUACAUGUUUGUUUUAGAAUUAUUUUUUUUAUAAAGCUCUUGAAUGUCUUCCUCUGAAGGGAGAUGUCGUUGAAAUGUAGCAAUGUAAUUUUCAAUGAUCAUUGGUCAUUGGUUUGAUUUCUGUGCUUGAGUUAAUGGUGUUUUGCGGAAAUUGUAUUUCUGUUUGUC